AUGAACUUGAGGGAACUGCAAGUUGUGUUUGCAUGCCUGGCGUCAAGAUUCGGCGCGGCAGCGGUCUUCCCGCUACUUCAGCAGCAGCUGGACCGGUCUGUUGAAUUCUCAACACCUGUUACAUCCUUCAGAAGUUUACAAGAAGGUGUAUUUCUUCUACAAAAUGACUUUCCGCUUUACUCGGGAGGUGUAAUGCACCACGCUCCGCUUUUGGUGGCGUUGAUGUCCACUUUCAACAGCAACACAUUGAUCUCACUGUUGUUCACAUGCGCAGACUCCGCGAUCGCAUAUCAGCUUAUUGCAAUGGCCAAGUGUUUCCAAAACCUGCAUUUACCUGCGUGGGUUCCAGGUGCCCUAUACGUAAUAAACCCACUGGUGUUGUUAUCCUCUGUGUCGAGGUCUACGGUGGUAUUCAGCAACUUAGCCAUCUCAACCGCACUGUUGAGCGCACUCCAAGGCAAAGCUGUACUUUCCGCCGCCUCAAUUGCAGUUGCAGCCUACCUGUCCUUGUACCCUCUACUGCUUCUCGUCCCCAUAUUGACCCUGCUGCCAAAGGACAGGUUCAAGACUGUGGCUAUCACCUUUACUACACUGGCGGGUCUCCUACUUUCAAGUUACAAAAUUAACGACGAAAACUGGAACUACCUUUUCUCUACUUAUGGUGUUAUCAUAACCUUCAGCAAGAUAAUCCCUAACUUGGGGCUUUGGUGGUACUUCUUUGUGGAGCUAUUCGAAAUGUUUAUCCCCUUCUUCAAAGCUGUCUUCAACCUUUUUAUCGUGUCGUGUAUCAUCCCUUUCUCGCUCAGGUUCCACAAACAGCCAUUCUAUGCCUUCAUCCUUUGUUUGUGCUGGAUAACGCUAACUAAAUCAUACCCAACCUUGGGCGAGGGAGGUUUUCUCCUGAGUUUUGUACCAUUUUUCCGGCCCUUGUUCGGGUACUUCCGCUAUUCAGUCAUUUCUACCCUACUUUUCAUCCAUGUCUCGGUACUUUCGCCCGUCUUCUACCACUUGUGGGUGGAUUUAGGCUCCGGUAACAGCAACUUCUUCUACGCCAUUUCCCUUGUUUAUGCGUUAGGCUUGGCAACUGUCCUGGUGGACCUGGUUUGGGCUAUGCUGCGUAUCGAGUACGACAAAGGCAAACCUAAUUUGAACUUGAAACUGACCCCAAUCUAG